UGCAGCAAUGUCGCCCCCGCUGGCUCAUGCGGCACGGCGCAUUGUUGCUCGUGAUGUUCAAAAGAGGGCACUAGCUACGCAUGCUGCCCUUCCAGAGAAGGAUUGCUCGACAAUUACCCCUCCUUACGCUCGUUUGGCCGAAAAUCUCAACCGUGUCCGUGCUAUUCUAAAUAGCAGGCCUCUUACGCUGGCCGAGAAGAUUCUUUACAGUCAUAUCCAUGACCCAGAAAAGACUCUAUCGGGAAAGAGAAACAUCCGGGGGGAGUAUCUACAGCUGCGUCCUCAACGUGUAGCUAUGCAAGAUGCAUCUGCUCAAAUGGCAAUCCUGCAAUUUAUGAGCGCUGGACUACCGUCCUGUGCCGUUCCUACGAGCAUUCACUGCGAUCAUCUUAUUCAAGCAUCAGAAGGUGCAGAAGCCGAUCUAAAGCGCUCGAAGGUAACGAACAAGGAGGUUUUCGAUUUCUUAGAGAGUGCUGCUAAAAAAUAUGGUAUCGAGUUCUGGGGUCCUGGCUCUGGUAUCAUCCAUCAGAUAGUUUUGGAAAAUUAUGCUGCUCCAGGAAUGCUCAUGCUGGGGACAGAUUCUCAUACACCCAAUGCUGGCGGCCUCGGUAUGAUUGCAAUCGGCGUCGGGGGAGCAGACGCAGUUGAUGCAAUGACCGGAACACCUUGGGAACUCAAAGCUCCGCAGAUAGUUGGCAUACAUCUAACAGGACAAAUGAACGGUUGGGCAACGACGAAAGAUCUAAUAUUGAAUAUCGCUGGUCGAUUAACCGUUCGAGGCGGAACAGGUCGCAUUUUGGAAUAUUUCGGCCCUGGCGUCUUCAACCAAUCUUGUACUGGUCUUGCAACCAUCGCAAACAUGGGUGCGGAAGUCGGCGCAACGUCGUCAACGUUCCCUUAUACUCCCAACAUGCGAUCAUACUUGCGUGCGACUGGCAGAUCAGCCGUCGCAACCGCAGCAGAUGAAGCAGCAUCUCAAGGUUUCCUAUGUGCUGAUGAAGGCGCUGAAUACGAUGAAGUAAUUGAGAUUAACCUCUCUGAACUCGAGCCAACAGUAAAUGGCCCUUUCACACCUGAUUUGGCGACUCGUCUUUCGAAGUUCGGUAGUUUUGUUAAAUCAUCGGGUUGGAGGGACGAGAUAUCAGCUAGCCUCAUCGGAUCGUGCACGAAUAGUUCCUAUGAAGACAUGACGCGCGUAGCCGACCUCGCACACCAGGCGAAGGAUGCAGGCUUAACAGUAAAGGUACCAUUCCUCUGCACACCAGGAUCGGAACAAAUUCGCGCAACCAUGGAAAGGGACGAAAUAACGUCUUCGCUCGAGAAAGUUGGUGCCACGGUAUUGGCCAACGCUUGCGGACCUUGUAUCGGCCAGUGGAAACGGGACGACAAGAAGGGCGAGGAAAACGCAAUCCUCACGUCGUUCAACAGGAACUUCCGUUCUCGCAACGACGGCAACAAGGAUACCAUGAAUUUCCUCGCUUCUCCGACUAUCGUGACUGCUAUGGCAUUUUCUGGACGAUUGUCGUUCAACCCAAUGACGGACUCGAUUGAUUUACCUUCUGGAGAUUCCUUCAAGUUCAAACCGCCUCAUGGUCAAGAUCUACCUUCACAAGGAUUCGCUGCUGGUGAUUUGUCCCUGUAUCCACAAGCAAAUCCGAAACCUCAGCCGCACACUGAAAUCGUGAUUUCACCUACGUCCACAAGACUGGAGAUCCUGAAGCCUUUUGAAAGUCAUUUUGGUCCUAACAACCUGAGAGGUCUUGAGCUGCCAUCACUGAAAGUGCUUAUGAGAGUGCGGGGUAAAUGCACGACGGACCAUAUCUCAGCUGCUGGACCUUGGCUUAAAUACAAGGGUCACUUGUCUAAUAUCUCUGAAAACUUGCUCAUCACGGCCGUAAACGACGAAGGCGGUGAAGUAAACAUCGCCUUCGAUCAUAACCAUGCACCGAGCGAGACAGCAACCGACACGAUCCCGAACGUCGCGAAGCGACUUAAAUCUCGUAACCAGCCCUGGGCUCUAGUCGUCGACGAGAACUACGGCGAAGGUAGUGCUCGUGAGCACGCAGCAUUGCAACCUCGAUUCUAUGGCUGCGCACUCAUUGUCGCCCGGUCAUUUGCUCGAAUCCAUGAAACCAAUUUGAAGAAACAAGGUGUUCUCCCACUUUGGUUUACGGACAGCAGCGACUAUUCGCGUAUCGGCUCUGGCGACAUCCUUGAAACAAUUGGGCUGGAGAGUCUGCUGAACGGGGAGCCGCAAGCUACUAUUCGUUUGAAAGUGACCAAGCGAGAUGGACAGACCUUUGAGAUUCCGACUAGACAUACCAUGUCUAGCGAUCAGCUCAAGUGGUUGCGAGCUGGCUCUGCCUUGAAUUAUAUCCGUUCACAACUAGGAUGAUAGUAGGCGGAUGAUAUUUUUCUUGAUGAUCUAUUUUGAUUAGACGCAAUUGCUGUGUAGUGUGCUACUUUUCUUGUUUGAUACAUGCUAAUAGAGGACGAAAGAAGAUGUGGAGUAAAAUUACGCGUGGAAUGAGCAUAAAAUCAUUUGCAAAGUCGGAUGUUACUCGUUCGCGACCUGUGUCUCGCCUUUUCCUUCUGCUUGUACUGUUUGUUCGUUCCCAAGUUUUUUGCGUUUCCUCACCCUCUUUCGCAUUCGCCGUACUGGUGAUUCGUUCCUAGUAUCCUCGCUCUUUUCAUCGCUGUUGUCUCGAUCUGCCUCAUCGUCUUCAGACCGUUUCCUCUUUUCGCCGGCAGCUUCUGUCCUUUCAAAGGCAUUUUCGUUCGUUUUCGUGGCUUUCGGACGUCUAUCGCCAUCCUUUGACUUUUUCUUUUUCACGCUCAGAGGGUUAGGCUCUUUGGGUCCUCGCCGCUUCUUCAUUGGUGGUUCAACUACUCCAUUAUCGGGCUUGCUACCCUCUACCGUAGACGAAAUUGCCAGGGUUGAGGCGAUCGUGCUUGCCUCUGCUUUGGUAGGUCGCAUACGGUCGGUUUCCAUCAAUAACUUCGCUUUUUCUGUAGCAUCGCUAGCUGGCUCAAGGACCAUGACACUUCGUUUGACGUGAACUAAUGGUGUACCAGGUACUUGACGGAUAUUCUGUCUUAAUGAAGAUGACUGCGCAGCCAGAACGUAGCGAUGCUUAUUUAUCGGGCCUAUGACCUCCCUCAAACAAUCCUCUUCUGGUAUCGCUUCCCUGUGAUUACACCUUCGUCGCUCAAAUGUUUUCGCCAGAUCAACAACAGGUUGCUUAGACCGUCCAUAAAUAUAUAACGAGUGUAUGCUGCACUGGGUUAUCAUAGGCUUCACAGUUCCCUGUAGUACAACCGCCAGUUGUUUCGCGAGGUCAAUCUUGGAUGAUACAGCUUCCGCACACAUUUCAGAGUCCACCAAUACUUGAUAUGGUUGCCUGAAUCCGAAGCUCAUGCAGUAGACAUGCAUGAGCUUGCGAUAUGCCUUUGCUCUUUUCUGACGC